GUUUUUGAGAAAGGAAGAAAAACUGCCCAGUUGUAGAGAAGAGGGUGCAAUCCCUAAGCAGAACAGAAGCAGCUUUCAGAAAGGGCAACAGAGAUGUGUGACUCUGAGGAUCCGAAAUCCCCUGCGCUGGCAGAAUUGGAUGAGGAUGUGCUGAUGGCCUCUGGCUGGAGCCACUUCCACCUGGGAACCCAAAGAAGUCAGAACCUGAGAAGCUUUCCAGCUCCCUGGCUGAGUCGUCUGGGCUUCCUGAUGAGGACAGUCUUCUUUGCCAUCUCCUUCAUCCUCAUCCUCAUUAUCCUGUUCCAAGUCUUCCAGAACCAAGGGAUUCAGAAGAAACUGAACCAGCUCUCUGCCCAGUUGAAAGAUGAUUGGGGUGAGAACAGGAACAGGUCCUCACCAGAUCUGAGGGCCAAGGAACAAUUUGAAACAUCACAGUUCAUCAAGCAACUGAACAAAACCUUGGACUUGAGGGCCAAGGAACAAAUUGAAACUUCACAGUUCAUCAAACAACUGAACAACACCCUGAACUUGAGGGCCAAGGAACAAAUUGAAACUUCACAGUUCAUCAAACAACUGAACAACACCCUGAACUUGAGGGCCAAGGAACAAGCUGAAACUUCACAGUUCAUCAAACAACUGAACAACACCCUGAAUGCCUUUUGCCAUUCAUGUCCCUGUGACUGGACAUUGUAUAAAGACAGCUGUUACCAAUUUUCCAAGGACCGAAAGCCAUGGGAAGUAGCCAGAGAGGCGUGUGAGGCAGAUGGUAGCCACCUGGUUAUCAUUAGCUCUUCUGAGGAGCAGAAAUACCUGAAGCAGAAGGCCACCUCCAACUACCGGUGGUGGGUGGGACUCACUGACAAGAAGAAAGAGGGGACCUGGCACUGGGUGGAUGGAACAACUCUUCAGCAGUCCUUUUGGAAUGAGGGAGAACCCAACAAUAUUGGUGAUGAAGAUUGUUGUGAGCUGACCUCUCAAGGCUGGAAUGAUGCACCUUGCAGUGUGGAGGACUACUGGAUUUGUGAAAGGGAAGCUUCCCUUUGUUCCAAGCUCUGAGGAUUCCAGGGAUUGGGUUGGGCAGGUGUGGGCAAUGGUGGUGACCGAAUCUGAAUAGGAGAAAAGAGUAGAUAUGGCUGGGGGCCAGGACUUCUGGGUCUGAACUCAGGCUAUUCUCCUCGCCCCCCCAUUCUUGCAUUUCAGUUUAUCCUUUUGUGAAUUCUGGCCCUCACUUUGUUUCAUGAAGGCCAAAAAUUCUCUGAGAUUCCCCUAAAUAAACUUUUCCCCUACACUAUCACCUAUAUUAAUCUCCAUGGCUUUGACUGUCACCUCUAUCUAGCUGACUCCCAGGUCUACAUCUCUUGUAUGCUUGCUCCCUAAAGCUCUGAACUCUAUGCAUCCAAAUGUCUGUGCUGACCAUCCAUCCCUGCCUGGAGGUCCCGUUUCACUGUAAUAAAUGACUCCUUCCCCUUCUUAUGUA